CCUCCUCCUCCUCCUCCUCCUCCGCAUCUUUCGCCGUAAGUGGGCAGGACGCUUCCGGAGGAGAGGGGCGGGACGAGGGCGCAUCGGGGGCGAGGGAUCCGUCCCGAGCUGCCGUGCAGGUCCUCGCUGCCGCUGGGGGCGCCGCCGGGGGAGCGGCCGCCUGCUCCUCGUUCCAGCCCGUGGAGGUGGAGAAGCCCCUCACGGACUACCGGCAGUUCCGAGCAGCGCGGCUGCACAACAACCUUCAGGUGCUGAUUGUGUCGGACGCGAAGUGCGACAAGGCGGCCGCUGCCCUGUCAGUAAAGGUGGGGUCUCUCUUCGAUCCGAAGGAGAUCCCAGGCCUGGCGCAUUUCUGCGAGCACAUGCUGUUCAUGGGCACGGAGAAGUAUCCCGUCGAGGACGAGUACAGCUCUUUCCUCGCCAAGAACGGCGGCUUCUCGAACGCCUACACCGCGGAGACCGUUACAAAUUAUUUCUUCGGCGUCAAACCCGAGUCCCUGGACGGUGCCUUGGACCGCUUCGCGCAGUUCUUCAUCGCACCACUCUUCACCGAGUCCGCUACAGGUCGCGAGCUGCAGGCGGUGGACAGCGAGCACUCUAAGAAUUUGCAGCAGGAUGGCUGGAGGUUGAGUCAGCUUCUACGCAACUCCGUCGAUCCAGCGCAUCCGCUGAACCACUUCAUGACUGGCAACAGCGAGACGUUGCGAGACGCACCUGCCAAGCUUGGCAUCAGCGUGCGAUCGGCGCUGCUGGACUUUCACAGACGCUACUACUCUGCGAAUUUGAUGUGCCUUGUCGUCGUCGGCAAGGAAGAUCCAGAGGAGCUGCUAGGCAUGGUGCAGUCGAAGUUUUCUACUGUCUUGGACCGGAGCGCAGUCGUUCCCAAGGAUGCUGAGAUCGGCGAAGGGGCUAUAGCGUUUCCGCCCGAGCGCUUGGGCAGGAUGGUUCACGUGGUGCCGGUGAGCGACAUCCGGAGUGCCACCUUCCAGUUUGUGCUGCCAGGGCAGCGCCGGCACUGGCGCUCGAAGCCGGGGCUCUACAUUGCUCACCUGGUCGGGCACGAGGGCAGAGGCUCUCUGCUGGCGGCCCUCAAGCAGAGAGGCCUGGCGACGGAGCUCCACGCCGGCAGCUCGCUGGAGGAGGCCGGCGUGCACAUCUCGGGGGGCCGGACGGGGCGCCGUGUGGGCGGGGCCCGCCCUGCAUCGGCGUGGGGCUAUCUUGGGGAGCGCAAGCAGUAUCAGUGA